GAGGAAGUGUCCUUUGCUUGUUCUCUCAACAAGCCAUCCCUACCAAAUUUUGCAUGCUACUCCCUAAGAGACAAUAAGGAAUCAAUCGUUCCCCAGGCCACUCACAAUUUAAUAAAUUCUUAUCAUGUUCAUGUCCUACAUCCUCUUCCUCUCUAGGACACUAAGAAUCCAUGACUUUGGCAUGGGCAGAAAUAUAAGAAAAGCAUUGUGGCCAUAGGUUAAAGAGAAAUAUAGGCAUAGAGAACAAGGCAAGAGGCUGUGACAGCAGUUUUGUCCAGGUGUGCAGAGAUGGAGGAUAAGAAGCUUUGGAGAAUGUACCAGCUUCUCCCAGAAAGGAGACAGGUGGGAAGAGAGGAUCAAUGCAACCUCCACCACCAAGUUCUGUGAGGUAUAAAAGGACUAUCCUCAGAAAGGCCUCCUGAUUUAUGCUUCUAGGAAGUUUAUCUCUGUCAACCCACAGUUUUACCAGGUUUCUCUUUCCCAGGAUCUUGCAUCAGCCUGUACAAAUAUAUUUCCUUUAUUUCAGUCCUGUGAUGAUACAGCUGACUGAAAUAUUUCAACGAGGAAUAUGAAGUUCUAGAAGUACACGCUGCCAUUGCUUGUACAUUAAUAAUACCUAACACAGUCACCAUCCCUCCCCCUUUCUGUACCCCUGGAGCCCCCAGCUUUGUACUGCAGCAUCACUGCAUGAAAUGAGAAACUUGUUUACAACAACAGAUGUACACCCUUGCGUGUGUUCUUUGAAAGAGCCUGCAAAAAAUGUUACAUUGGGUCUGUGGAAUGUUAAGCAGCAUAUCUGAUGACAGCACAUGUCUGUGCCAAUGGGAUGUUUUGGACAAAGAGAAUAGAAAUUUCAAACUAAACACUAUAAUAAACUGGAAAUUUUUAUUGCUCCACUUAGUUAUGAUGGGAUUGGACAGCUUUGGUAAUUUUUGACCCUCUUUGUCCUAUUAUGGACAUUUUCCUUUCCCACAGGAAGCUUCUAAUUCUUCUUUCUUUCACAGAAUAAAACAUGCUUGUAAGAAAGCUGUGCAUUAAUACCAGUUUAAAGGCCAACAGAAUUCAUGCACCACCUUGGAGAAGUCCCUGAUCUUGGACUCAUACUUCAACAUGAAGGAAAAUUUCCCUCUGGACAGUGAUACAGUGCGUAUCCGUCCUCCAGGGUCCAUAAAAAAAUUAACCGAGAAAUGGAGAGGAAGAGUAUUCCUAUUUAGUCUCUCAAGCUAUUCCAGCAUCUCCAAGCAUAUGGCUUCUCUUUAAUGUCUCUGGAGAGAAUCCUGUGUCUUUUAGGAGCUAACACAACAAAGUUGGCAGCUGCUUGGAAAAUGAACACGAUUAUUCAGCAAAGCCUUAGGCUUUAGUAAACUUUGCAUCAUGACAGAAAUCCCCACUCCUGCAGAGAGGGAUUUCAGAAGAUCUCACAAUUUGUGUUCACAGGAUUAUUGCUCAUCUACAUUACACUCAUGAACAUCAGCAUUGUAGUGAAAUUCUUGUGUGGCAAAAGUCAGUCUGUAGACGAUUCCAAAGAUGCAUAAAAGCAUGGUUUGGUACUUAGGCAGACAUUUAAAUACAGGUUAGCAGAGAGAAAUUUGAAAAGGGAGAUGCUGAGCAUUCCCACAUUUGAACUUGGGAAGUGGUAGGAGGGCACAAGAUCAUUUCUCUAUCCUCCCUUUUGAAAUUACAAUGGAGGAAAUUGAUUUAGGAAAACACUGUGUUGCAUAUGAUAAAACCACACAUUAUUCAAGACAAGAAAUUUGCUAAAAUAAACUGAACAAAGAUAACCACUGGGUUUGGUUGAUUUCUUUUUUUUUUUUUUUUUCCAAAAAAAUUCAAUGUAACUUUCUGUCCACUACCUAAAAUAUUCAACUUUGGGUAAAAAUAUACAUUUUUAAGAAAGAUACCAUCAACACAGAGGAAUCUGAAAGAGGUCUGAGAGUUGUUAUUCCUGUUAUACAGGUGCUGUGUAUAAGAAUGAGACAGACAAACAACUACACAUCAUCCAAAGCCAAAAGGUAUUUUUAGAUUGAAGGCUACCUUACAGAGUGACUAAAAUAGCUCGCUAUCUUAGCAGAGGUUUAUGAUUAACGGGUGUGUUAUUUGUACAUUCUACCAAUACCUGUUAAUGCCCACAUUUGGAUCUUCAAAUUUUCCACUGUGUACUUUUUUUCUGGAGAAAACCUUGGACUAGAGAUAAGACCACCACCAAGAACAUAUUUCUAGCAGCCCCCAUGUCCAGUCAACCAGUCUGGGUUUGAGGCCAAAUCAAGACCAUGAAGUGCCUGCUGCUUCUCGCCUUUAUUGGGGUGGCUGUUGCCUUCCCCACCUUUGCUGAAGAUGACGAUGACAAGAUUGUGGGAGGCUACACCUGUGGAAAGAACGCUGUGCCCUAUCAAGUGUCCCUGAAUUCUGGAUAUCACUUCUGUGGAGGUUCCCUCAUCAGCAGCCAGUGGGUCGUGUCAGCUGCUCACUGCUACAAAUCUCGCAUCCAAGUGCAGCUCGGGAAACACAACCUGGAAACCACCGAAUCCACGCAGCAGUUGAUCAACUCUGCUAAAGUCAUCCGCCACUCUGGCUACAGCCCCUACACCCUGGACAAUGACAUCAUGCUCAUCAAGCUGGCCACCCCAGCCACGCUCAACAAAGCUGUCCAAACCAUUCCUCUGCCUACCAGAUGCGUGGCCACCGGCACCACCUGCCUGAUCUCCGGCUGGGGCAACACUCUCAGCAGUGGCUCCAACUACCCGGACCAAUUGCAGUGCCUGAAUGCUCCAGUCCUCUCCGCUGCUGAGUGCUCUGAUGCCUACCCUGGGCAAAUUACCAACAACAUGAUGUGUGUAGGAUUCAUGGAGGGAGGAAAAGACUCCUGCCAGGGAGAUUCCGGCGGUCCUGUGGUCUGCAACGGAGAGCUCCAGGGCAUUGUCUCCUGGGGUUUAGGAUGUGCCCAAGAGGGCUACCCUGGAGUUUACACCAAGGUUUGCAACUACGUCUCCUGGAUCCAGUCCACCAUUGCCUCCCACUGAGAUGCUUGUUUGGUGUGACCUGUAUUUUCUCAUCAUCAUUUCUGUUCUUUUGUGUCUGGACAAGCAGAAAUUAUGAGAAAUUAAUAAAGACUUUCAGGCACUCCUA